ACUGAGCCCUGGUGAUGGGAUGUACCCAACGUGUAGAGAUGUAAACAGUGCUCUCCUGAGGAACUGGUUGGCAUGUCCCCUCAAAAAGACCAUGAAAUCUGGGAUUGCUCACUUCGAUGUUUGUUGGAGGGGGGUGGUCUUUCUCUUCUACCAGCUGAUCGGGGUGUCCUUGAAGGGUAUUUGUUGGUUGCUCAAAUGGCAGAUCGAAACCUGAAACCAAACAGUGGCCAGCUGAUCCGGGAGUGCUUUAGCUGCUCUCGUUCGCAUGUGGUCGUGGUCGCCUUCCCCCACCGAACGGGCGAGGUAUAUUCAGGCCUUGAUGGUGAUGGUGACCUCUGGACAAGUGAUCCUGGGGCGACAAAAUCCCAUCGAACCAUUGUGGAUGACCUACUACGUUUUCAUGACCUUGAGCUUCGACAACAUGUUGGUGAAGUUCAUCAUGUACGUCCGCACCAUGGAGCGGCACACCAUUUGGAAGGUGGAGAUUUCACAUCCAGAGACGCCCACCUCAAGGACCCGCAGCCAGAGGUUGGAUUUCGCACAACGGCUGGCGGUGCUUUGGGUGCCAUUGGUCUUGGCUGCCUCUGUCAGCAUCCUCUGCAGGGUCUUCAACGUGCUGCCCAUCACACUGCUGCGCUAUGGCCCCGUUUCCAAUGAGAAGCCGGUGGUCAUGUUCUCCUCAUUGUCUCUUCCUGCGGGCUGUUGCCCAUCCGUGGCUAGCAUCAACAACAGCUAUGCCGACACUGUGAGUGUGAGUGUGCCGUGCCUCUCUCCAGAAGCGCCCGAAGAUUGGCCCAAUCGGCCGUUGGUGUAUUGGGUUGCUUCUCCCAGCCACAAGGCAAUGCCAACGAGCCUUCAGAUUCGAGAGGGGCGUACCAGUGAUGGCUCCAAGGCCUUGCUCGCAGGACAUGUGGAAGCGAAGCCCUUGGAGUUGUGGCCCUGGAUGAGUCGUCAUGGCUACGAGGCCCAAGACAUCGACACCGUGCUCGGGAAGCUCAACGAUGAGACCCUGGGCAUCGGGCUGUACCACCGCACCUUCGCCUAUGUGGCAGAGAUCCAAGUCCAUCCGUUCCCCUGGUUUGAGGAGGUGGCGAUCUAUGCCAUCGCCCGGAACCGAGUUACAGGUGCCUUGAGCCCAAAGCCCGCAGUGUCCAAUGUGCUGCAUGGCAAGAGGUGCCCACCUCACUGCGAGAUCUGUGAUCGACAAGGCCAAUGUCGCCGGUGCCAGGAGGGCUUCCGGAAAGACAAGGACUCCACUUGCCAUCCCUGCCCUGAAGGUUGCUUGCGCUGUCCACAUGGCACCUCGCAGUGCACCAAAUGCAAGGCCAAGUUUGGUCUGGUGCCCUAUGCCUCCAAGCAGAUCUGCGUGCCAUGCAGCUCCGACAACUGCCAGAGCUGCGAUGGACCAGUACAGGGAGCGAUCCCACCCAGCGCCUUGCCAUGCCACACGUGCGAUCCCUUCUAUGGCCUGGACCUUCAUGGCCAUUGCCAACGCUGCGAGGAUGAGAACUGUCUCCACUGUGAGGGAGGUUCAGGCUGCACCGCCUGUGCAAGCGGCUUCGUUCUGGACUUCGGCGAGAAUGUGACCUGCGCUCUGUGUGGACCAGGCUGUCUCUCUUGCAGCCAAAAGAACGUGUGCUCGCAGUGCCAGGAGGGCUUCAGGCUUACGGCGAAAGGCCAGUGCAAGGCCUGUCGCCCCAACUGCCGAACCUGUGAUGCCGAUGACUACUGCGAGUUUGGUGGUUGCUUUCCGGGCUUUGGAUGGCAGAAGAGGCACUGGGGCUUCCUCAUUCGGCCCGAAUGCGAAGCGUGCCGCGUGCAGCAUUGCGUCAGCUGCGAUCACAAUGCACACUUCUGCACCGAGUGCAGUGAGGACUUCGGCGUCACGACCAGCGGGGGUUGCUUUCGCUGUGGCCUAGGAUGUACCAGUUGCAGGCUCGCUGGCAGCUGCCUACGAUGUAGCGAUGGCUUCGUCUUGCGGGAGCACCAGUGCGAACCGUGUGCAGACCGCUGCCAGAAAUGCACGGCCGCGGGCCCCGCGCACUGCGACCAGGAUGGAUGCUUUCCGGGGUGGACGGCUGUUCAGGCCACCUGGGAUGAGGGACCGCAGAGCUUCGUGUGUCGACCUUGCUCAGAUCCAGACUGCCCCAAGUGUAACAUCAAAGGUCCAGGGAACUGUGAUGAUGUGCCCGAGUGAGAACAACUCUUUCUUGUGC